CUUGGGGCUUGGAGCUCUUCUAAAAAUUCUCGCCGGUUUAUUACCGGAUUCUUCCAGUCUCACCAUCUCAUUUUAUCUCUCGAUCUCGACUGCCACUCAAUCUUCUCGAGCACCACUACAAUUUUCUUGACCACCCAUCGCCCAUCCCCAAUCCUUCAACAGCUGUUGCUUACAGUAGAUCUAAAUUUUACAAUAGGGGUAAUUUUUGUUGUCAUUUCCAAUUAAAAGUUUAGGGUUUCUGAUAAAAUGCAGAUUUGUUUAUUACAGGUCUGUGUCAGUGAUAGCAGAUAGUUCGAUUGAGGAUUGUUUUCACAUAUCUUCUAUUCUAAAGUAGAUUUUUCGAUUUCCUUCAGGUAUGGUCUCUAAUUCUACAGUCGAACUUUCUAUUCUUUUUUUUUUUUUUUCUGAAAUUUCGUCUUUGUUUUUUGUGUUUCUUAGCUUGCAUUAUUUUGCCUCUUUUGAUUCUUUCAAUAACUAGUCUUUUGAUUACUGAGAAAAUGAAGGAUUAUUUCUAAGGAGAAAUGUUCCACACAAUGUGUUAGCCAAUGAUUGGCAGUAUUUAGUCCAUUGCUGGAAAUCUGGUGAUGGCAAGGUAUGGAAUUUCCUUUCAGUUGUAUGGCUUAUUUGAUUACUUAAGUGUUAAUAAUCCUAAAUUUUAUAGAAAAAGGAAGAAAAAUGCAAGAAGAGUUGGGCAAUGCAGAAGAUUACACAUACAAGCAGCAGUAAGAGCUUUGCCAUACUAUGAGAUGAAAUGGUAAAAUCCAAUUUCAAGUUUUUGAUGUUCUGAAUACCAUAAAAAGGCCUAGUACUUAGGAAAUUAUUUUGUUCUUAUGUAGGAAGAAAAAAAUGGUGGUGAGCCUGUGUGAGAGGUUGAUUUUUAUAUAGUUACUCACCUGAAUAAAGAGGGCAAAUAUGUUGAUGAAGAAGCAGAAAAUACAACGGGUGCUUCCAGUUGCUUUCAAUCUUGACUUGCAGCAUCUAGUAUCUAGCUUUACAAAAUAAAAGGCUGCAGAGCAUUUGAACGAAGAGAUUUGCCAGACAUGGAACCUCGACUACUCGAUCAUGGUAGGGAGGGCCAAGAAACAUGGAGGAGGUUUCCCAGCAUCGAAGAAAAGAAAAACAGGAAGAAAAAAUCAAUUCCAAACGGCUCACCCCUACAUACUGCCCAGAGCUUAUAUUUUUUAACUUUUAGAUUGCUUUUUUCAAAUUUCAACAAUAAUUUUCAGAUUAGUUU